UUGUAACCUUUUUUUCUGUGGGUUCCACGCUGCUGAUGACGUUGAAUAACAAAGAUGGCAGGAGGAAACAGCAAUUACUGGGAAGAUCUGCGAAAGCAGGCCCGUCAGCUGGAGAAUGAGCUUGAUCUGAAACUGGUUUCCUUCAGUAAGUUGUGCACCAGUUAUAGCAGCUCCAGGGAUGGGCGUCGAGGAGACAGCUCUGACACAACUCCACUCCUGAACAACUCCACCCAGGACAGGAUGUUUGAGGCCAUGUCUGUGGAGAUCGAGCAGCUCCUGGCUAAACUAACAGGCGUAAAUGACAAGAUGGCAGAGUACAGCAGCACGCCAGGCGUCGCAUCCCUCAAUGCUGCUCUGAUGCAUACGCUCCAGCGGCACAGAGACAUCCUACAGGAUUAUACUCAUGAAUACCACAAAACUAAAUCCAACUUUCUGGCGAUCAGAGAAAGGGAGGAUCUACUGGGAUCUGUCAGAAAAGACAUAGAGACAUACAAGAGUGGUUCAGGAGUGAACAACAGAAGGACAGAGCUUUUUCUAAAGGAACAUGAGCACCUCCGAAACUCAGACAGACUGAUCGAAGACACAAUAAGCAUUGCCAUGGCAACUAAGGAGAACAUGACCUCGCAGCGGGGUUUCUUGAAGUCCAUACAGAGCAGGGUCAACACUUUGGCCAAUCGCUUUCCUGCCAUCAAUAGCCUCAUCCAGCGAAUCAACUUGCGGAAGAGGCGGGACUCGUUAAUUCUGGGCGGAGUCAUCGGCGUUUGCACCAUCCUCCUGCUGCUCUACGCAUUUCACUGACGGACACGGGAGUUGACCAAUCGCUUUUUAUUUCCCUCUGGCAUAGCUCGAGUUGUGGUGGAACCCGGAAGGAUGGACUUAGCAAUAGGAGGACCCUGGAGGCUACUAAGCAAACGCCCACUUGGCCUAAUCAGAUAAUGGUAUUGAUUGCGGCCAGCAUGGACUUCCUUAUUUGUAUUUAUCAACGGGAGGGGUGGUAGUUUGGUGCAAUCCUGAAGCAUUUUUGGGGGGUAUCCUCCCCCCACAAACAGUUAUACUGUGGGGUGGGGAGAAGGGAACAGAGACCAAAUAUCUAAUAUGACUAAUCUGGAUCUUUUGUUUUUUUAAAGGAACAAAAAUGUAACGCUUCUUGCUCUGAAAGGAAAGGCAACAAAAAAUGUUACCCUCUGUGGUGAUUUUGUUUUCCCUUACUUUCCUUCUAAGCAAGACAUUUUAAUGUGAUGGUUCUUUUAGUGACGGAAGAUGUUCAUCAUGUUAUGUAUCCUGUUAAUUAAUAAAUUAUUCAUAUAAAUGUUUAAAAAAAUGUGUGACAGUAGGCACUCAAAAAUUUUCAAGAAGCUUUCGUUCAACUUGAAGAUUAACAAUUUAACCCCAUAACAGGGAUUUAAAACACUUCCAGAAAUCCAAAUACAGAAAAAAACCCAACGCUGACAUGUUAUGUAUUGACUGGCAUGAUGAAGGCAUUACAAGCCUAGUCUGAAACACUGUCCUGUUUCAGGCUGUGUACCACCUGGUCGUAAUAGGGAGAGGGAUCCCCCACAGAGGUCUGUGAAAGUAGAGCAUCGUCGGCCGAUCGUGACUGUGAGAUUUCCCCAUCGUACGCACGUCUUUGCCUUUUCUCGCGGGCGGCCGCUGAUGGCAUCUUGAAGAACUGGAGCGUGAUGGCGGAAACAGGCCAGCACUCUCUCCUUGAUGAAUAUGCAAGUUGAAAAUCCCUGGUUUUUGAGAGAGGGAGAGACACAGCAGGAAAGAAUAGUGAGGGGAAGAAGCACAUGUACAGCGAGGCUGUCACAUAAACCCUCUAGCACUAAUAGGUGCUGCAGGAGAAGCUACUAAAUAGCAGUGGAAGUCUAGAUAACACGUUUCACCGCAAGUCAUACAAUACACACUGCCUUUUGGCUCCUUCAUUGCCCUUGCUCCCUUUUAUCCCACUUUCUUUCGCCCUGGACUCCUGACAAACAAGGCCUCCUCCGACAGUUCUGCUCUGCUGAGGCAGCAGGCUGUGAAGGCAUCGGGUUCUUGGGUACUAUCCAUUUCUGAUGGCUCUGUCACCGCAGAGCUGGCCAUGGUAGGGAUUCUUAUCAUUCUCUUGCCUUGUUAGAGCAUCAGCACUGGCCAAGGAUCUCACUGCUGUCUGCUGGUGGAAGCACAAGACGUGAAUGUUUGUUCAUGACCUUCUGGAUUCACAUGUCCAUCUGAUGGCAAAUCCAUUCUUCCGUUUCCUGUCGAAAAAUACUCUCCCUCCAUGUGCGGUUUUUACUGCCAGGUGUCAAUUUUGGUACUUGCGUCUUAUUGAAGUAAAUUUGAAGGUGAGCUUCAUCCUCUGAUGAAUGUUUUUUCCGAAGUCUCUAUGGGAUUUUAGGUGUUGCCUGCACACAGUCAGCACAUAGAGGUCUUCAAAAGGACCUCUCUUCUUCUGUAAAUAAUGUACAUAGAUAUGAUUAUAUGCUUAGCAGCUCUGUUUCAAGUCAGUUAGGUGGUGGUGCAAUUAUAUAUAGGCAAAGCAAAUCAGACCGAAAACCAAAUGGUGUUCAUAUGGAUGGUAUAUCUUCAAGUCUUGGUGUUUCGAUACACUUCAGUGAACAGCAACUAUCUGUCAGAUCUUCCACCAUCCAUAUUUGUAUAUCUGCUCAUCUGACAUUUGUAUGGGAAUAGAGUUCCUUCAAAAGUUAAUGGGGCUGUCAGUAGGAGAACGCUCCACUUUCAAGUCCAUCAAUGGACCAUGGCUUAGUAAAUAUCUGCUGGCCAUUGUGAUAGUCUACAGCACAAUGAGCGUAAUGAGAUUUUUUCCUAGUAAUGGAACUAAAGAUCUAACACAGACACAAAGGCCUGGAGAGAUAGAGGUGGACUGAUCGAGAUAUAAAGAUGAAGGGAGGGAGGGAUGGACAUAGAGAGUGCAAUGGAGUGGAUGGCUCUGCCACUUGUAGGGGGUGAGGGCAGCACACCAUUCUCCCCAGGAGGCUGUCACCAAUCCACCGAUCUCCCCCCUCAAGCUUCCGCCUCUCCUCUGGUGCCCUGUCUGAAAAAUGCCCCAUCGCACACCUGUAGCAUUUACCAAACUGACACUUCUGACCGCAUGAGCGCCUCAUCACGUUGUAAGUAAAGUGCAGUCAAACAUUUGUUGGCUCUUGUAAGUAAGUAAGUAACAAAGGAAUACUGUGUAACGGAAAUGAAUUGAGCUACAAUUUGUAGCCAAUGCCAAGAUUGGUAUUGCCAAGCAGGGUAACAUCACUUCAGCAAUUGAAUUGUACUUUCUGCUUAUGAAAGAACUUUUUUUUAAAACAGCAGCCAGUGGCCCUUGCCCAACAGGCCAUUUUAUUUUGAUCUGUUAGCAUUUUUGCAAAAAUCAGCCUGUGUGUGUGUGUGUGUGGCAGAAACUUACAUUUGGCAACCUCCAGCACAGCUCCAUAUUCUGCUUGCUUCGAGCUUCUGGGCUGUGAUGACAGUGUGGAGCUUGUGAAUAUUUAAGGGCCUUUUGACUAAUAAGCUGGUUACUGGAGCGUAAUGGAAUACUGUGUACUGUGACUAUAAUGGUUCCCCUCUCACUGUGACCUCUGGAAGAGCAAACGUGUGCAAAGUGCGACCGGCUGAUGAUGACCCUCCAUGCUAUAGCAUACAGCCUACUCUAGACUUGCUUGAAGACUGUUGCCCUUUUGAUCUAAGUAUGACGCCAGUGAGUUACCGACCCAUCUAAACAUAUGUGAUGAGAGUGUAUGACAAUCUAAUUUACGUGCUUCAGUUGAUCGUUUUAACACUUUUCUCUCAGCUUUUUCUAGCUCGUGUUGGCUCUGGAUUAAUAGUUUUAAAAGACUGUUGAACGGUUUGGUGUUCUUGCCAUGGAAUCUUUUUUCUUUUAUGGAUAAAUGGAUGGAUGAGUUGCUUGAGGUUCUGACUGUUGGUUGUUUAGGCUUCUGCCAAUGCAAAGCGUAAUUCAUUACCAUUUUUAUUGUGAUGCUACUGUAUAUGAUUAUUGUUAAUAAAAAAUUC